CAGAAACAUGUGGCUGAUUGGUGGAGUCAUGUGGUGGCUUUGCAUCAUCAUCAUCGUUAUCAUUCCCUCUGAUGGGCCCCACACGUUCUCAACACGAUAACGAAAACACCGUAAUCUCCCAAUUCCAUUUUCAUCUCUUCAUCAUAUGCUACUCUCUCUCUCUCUCUCUCGCGCGCGCGCGCUCUCUUUGCCACCCAAACCAGCCCAACCCAACCCAAACCCAGCAGACGCUGAAACAAACACCAGCUUAUACUAAGUAGACCCCUUAUCAUUGAAUACUCUGUCUCGGGACCGUGUGAUCUUGAUCGGACGGGGGAUGGAGAAGAUGAGUGCGGCGGCGAAGUCCCCGAGGAUGAGAACCAGGGUUGGGAAGUACGAGCUAGGAAAAACUCUGGGGGAGGGCACCUUUGCCAAGGUCAAGUUUGCUAAGAACAUGGAGACUGGAAAGUGCGUGGCCAUCAAAAUCGUAGACCGUGAGCAAGUCCUCAAGCACAAGAUGGUCGAACACAUAAAAAGAGAGAUAUCAACAAUGAAGCUGAUCAAACACCCUAAUGUUACACAAAUGUUUGAGGUCAUGGCAAGCAAAACUAGGAUCUACAUUGUUCUCGAGUUUAUUGAUGGGGGUGAGCUCUUUGACGAAAUAGCCAAAAAUGGGAGACUGAAAGAGGAUGAUGCCAGAAGAUACUUCCAGCAGCUCAUCAAUGCUGUCGAUUACUGCCAUAGCAGAGGCGUGUACCAUCGAGAUUUGAAGCCCGAAAAUCUUCUUCUAGAUUCGUGUGGCCGCCUUAAAAUUUCAGAUUUUGGACUGAGUACGUUCGAACAGCAAGUGCGGGAAGAUGGGCUGCUUCAUACUGCCUGUGGAACUCCAAAUUAUGUUGCUCCUGAGGUGCUCAAUAACAAAGGUUAUGAGGGUACAUCAUCUGAUAUUUGGUCUUGUGGGGUCAUUCUCUUUGUGCUUAUGGCUGGUUACCUGCCUUUUGAUGAACCAAAUCUUAUAGGGCUGUACAGAAAAAUCUGCAAAGCUGAAUUUUUAUGUCCAUCAUGGUUUUCAUCGGGUGCAAAGAAACUGAUACAGCGUAUACUUGAUCCAAACCCUGUUACACGGAUAACAAUUCCCGAGAUCUUAGAAAAUGAAUGGUUUAAGAAAGACUACAAGCCAGCACAGUUUCAAGAGGAAGAGGAUGUAAAUCUUGAUGAUGUAGAUGCUGUUUUCGACAACUCGAAGGAAAAAUUUGUAACAGAAAGGAAAGAGAAACCUGUAUCAAUGAAUGCUUUUGAGCUUAUUUCUAGGUCAAAGAGUUUCAAUCUGGAAAAUUUAUUUGAGAAGCAAACGGGUCAUGUGAAACGAGAAACCCGUUUUACUUCUCAACGCCCUGCAAAUGAAAUCAUGAAUAAAAUUGAGGAAGCUGCAAAGCCUUUGGGGUUUAAUGUUCACAAGAAAAACUACAAGAUGAAGUUGCAAGGUGACAAACACGGAAGGAAGGGCCACCUCUCUGUAGCCACUGAGGUGUUCGAAGUUGCACCUUCUGUGCACAUGGUAGAGCUUCGCAAAACUGGCGGCGACACACUAGAAUUUCACAAGUUCUACAAAAACUUCUCAUCAGGUUUACAAGAUAUAGUAUGGAAAACUGAAGAAACUACUGAAGGAUCAAGGAAAUAAAACUCUCCUUUCGGGUUCAUCUCUUCAUUGUUUCUUCUGAUCUGUUUGGCCUAUAGUACUUUUAGUUCUGAGCCCUAUACGAUGUACAGGGAACUGCAGUAAGGAGAUAUGAAGCCCUCAAAAUUGAGGUCUAGAUUCUUUUUCCUUUUAACUGCCUCUAUGAACUGAAAUCCGUCAACGUUUUUGAAGAAGCUGACUACAUUCAGUUCAUAAGGGUGAAGUGAGAAAACUCUUCAUUUGCUGCUGUAAUGGGAGGUUGAACAUUUUAAGAGACAAUCAUAUGACACUUUGAAGCCAAAACAAAAAAACAAAAAGAGUUGCAAUUUUUCCCUUGAAUAAAAAUAAUGUGAUUCUUAUGCCUUAACCGUUUCAUCAUUCCA